ACGGGUCCAGAACCGAACCCGACCCUGACGGACCCGUGUCGUGUCGUAUCGUUCUCCUCUUCUUCUUCCCCAUUUUUCCCAGUUCAAACCCUAAUUUUAUCGCAAACCCUAGAAUAUUUGCAACCAACCACCAAAAAAUGUUGGAAUUACGACUAGUUCAAGGAAGUCUUCUGAAAAAGGUGAUUGAAUCGAUCAAAGAUUUGGUGAAUGAUGCCAACUUUGAUUGUUCAGCCACUGGUUUCUCUCUCCAAGCUAUGGAUUCAAGUCAUGUGGCACUCGUUGCACUCCUGCUACGAGCUGAGGGUUUCGAGCAUUACAGGUGCGACAGGAAUAUCUCUAUGGGGAUGAAUCUUACAAACAUGUCUAAAAUGCUCAAGUGUUCUGGAAAUGAUGAUAUUAUCACAAUUAAGGCCGAUGACGGAAGUGAUACUGUUACUUUCAUGUUUGAGAGUCCCAACCAAGACAAAAUUGCUGAUUUUGAGAUGAAGCUGAUGGACAUUGACAGUGAGCACCUGGGAAUUCCUGAAGCUGAAUACCAUGCCAUUGUGAGGAUGCCUUCAGCUGAAUUUGCCAGGAUUUGUAAAGAUUUGAGCAGUAUUGGUGACACUGUUGUAAUCUCUGUGACAAAAGAAGGUGUUAAGUUUUCCACGAGAGGUGAUAUUGGAGCUGCUAACAUUGUUUGCAGACAGAACACAACAGUUGACAAGCCUGAAGAAGCGACAGUUAUAGAGAUGAAUGAGCCUGUGAAUUUGACCUUUGCUCUACGAUACAUGAACUCUUUUACAAAGGCCACACCCCUCUCGAACACUGUCACACUCAGCUUGUCUUCAGAGCUUCCUGUUGUGGUUGAAUACAAGAUUGCCGAGAUGGGUUACAUUCGGUUCUACUUGGCUCCCAAGAUUGAAGAGGAUGAGAAUGAAUGAUAAGUAAUACUCCUAGUAUUUCUUCUAGUCUUUCAUUUCUUGCUGUAAGGGUUGUUUUAGGUUUAUGAGAGGAUUUUUCCUAAAAUCCUCUCAUGCAUUAUCUUGUCUGACUUCGUCUACUUCGUACUAUCCUGAAUUCAGGCAUUUAGAAUGUUUGCUCAAUUAUGUUUAGGAGCCUCUUAGUUUCUCUUUCGUUUGUAGAAUAUGUAUUAAAAUUUCUUCCUAAAGCACUAUAGUUUUUUAUA